UCCUAUAAAGUGUGCAUCUAGAUUUUGGGAGGCGAGGGAUCUUUACCAGGCGCGAAACCAUAUCGCUGAAAAUCAAGUAAAGAGGGAGAAAAAGAAGAAAAUUAAAAACCGAAGACCGAACUAUUUUUCAUAGCCGUCUGGGUUGUCUACAUCGGAGUGGGAAGAAUGUCUAGCAUGGAGCUUCAAAAUACUGUGAAGGAAGCCCUAAACGCUCUCUACCACCAUCCCGAUGAUUCAGUUCGUAUGCAGGCUGAUAGAUGGCUGCAAGAUUUUCAACGAACCAUCGAUGCUUGGCAGGUGUCUGAUAAUUUGCUUCAUGAUUCCAGCAGCAAUCUAGAAACUCUAAUUUUCUGUUCUCAGACUCUCAGAAGCAAGGUACAACGAGAUUUUGAAGAACUACCUUCUGAAGCUUUUCGCCCCUUACGCGAUUCCUUGAACGCAUUGCUGAAAAAUUUACACAAAGGCCCCCCUAAAGUUAGAACACAGAUUAGCCUUGCGGUUGCAGCUUUGGCUGUGCAUGUUCCCAAGGAAGAUUGGGGAGAUGGUGGUAUCGUGAAUUGGCUUCGGGAUGAGAUGAACUCUCGUCCGGAGUGUAUACCAAGUUUUCUGGAGUUGCUCACUGUUCUACCUGAGGAAGCAUCCAACUAUAAGAUUGCAGCUCGCACAGAAAGACGUCGCCAAUUUGAGAAGGAACUUAUUUCAUCAAUGGAGGUUGCUCUUAAUAUAUUGACUGCUUGUUUGAGUCUCAAUGAACUGAAGGAGCAGGUGCUUGAGGCCUUUGCUUCUUGGCUUCGGCUAAGACAUGGAAUUCCUGCUUCUGUUCUUGCUUCACAUCCUCUGGUGCUUACAGCUCUCUCUGGUUUGAACUCUGAGCAGCUCUCAGAGGCAGCUGUAGAUGUAAUUUCUGAACUGAUACAUUACACAGCGGCUGGAAGCUCUGUUGGUCUUUCCUUGCAGUUGCCCUUAAUUCAAGUACUUGUCCCUCAAGUUAUGAAUCUGAAGGAGCAACUUAGAGAUUCCUCAAAGGAUGAGGAAGAUGUGAAGGCCAUUGCUCGCCUAUUUGCUGAUAUGGGUGAUUCUUAUGUGGAGUUGAUUGCAAAUGGUUCUGAUGAAUCAAUGAUGAUUGUGCAUGCCUUGCUAGACGUUGCUUCACACCCAGAAUAUAACAUUGCUUCUAUGACAUUUAACUUCUGGCACAACCUUCAGGUUAACUUGACUGAAAGGGAGUCCUACUUAUCAUUUGGAAAUGAAGCAUCCAUUGAAGCAGAGCGAAGCAGGAGGCUGCAAAUUUUUCGCUCAUCAUAUGAAUCACUUGUAUCUUUGGUUAGCUUCCGUGUUCAAUAUCCCCAAGAUUACCAGGAUCUUUCAAGAGAAGACCUCAAGGAAUUUAAGCAGACUAGAUAUGCUGUUGCGGAUGUUUUAAGUGAUACAGCAUCAGUUUUAGGCGGUGAAGCGACAUUGAAAAUUCUUUACAUGAAGCUUGUAGAGGCUGUAAGCAACUGCAGAAAUAAUGAACCUUGUGAAUGGCGCCCUGCAGAGGCUGCUCUAUAUUGUAUACGGGCUAUUGCAAAUUAUGUUUCUAUUGUUGAAGUUGAAGUAAUGCCCCAGGUUAUGGCUUUGCUUCCGAAACUUCCUCAACAACCUCAGUUGCUUCAGACAGUAUGCUUAACAAUUGGAGCAUAUUCAAAAUGGUUUGAUGCUUCACCAAGUGGUCUCUCAGUUCUGCCUUCAGUUGUAGAGAUUCUCAUGAGUGGAAUGAGCCUAUCUGAAGAUUCUGCAGCUGCUGCAGCUUUAGCAUUCAGGCACAUCUGUGAUGAUUGCCGGAAAAAACUUUGCGGAUCAUUAGAUGGUCUCUUCCACAUUUACCAUAGAGCAGUCAGUGGGGAAGGUGGUUAUAAGGUCUCUGCUGAAGACUCGCUGCACUUGGUUGAAGCUUUUAGUAUGGUUAUUACAGAGCUUCCACCAGAUCAUGCUAAGAAAGCCCUUGAAGCAUUAUGCUUGCCAGUUGUAACCCCUUUGCAGGAAAUUGUUAAUCAAGGUCCAGGACCAUUGCAACAAAUAAUUGCACGCGAGCUUACUGUUAACAUUGAUAGACUUGCAAACAUUUUCAGAUAUGUAAACCAUCCUGAAGCUGUAGGAGAUGCAAUUCAAAGGCUAUGGCCAAUUUUUAAAGCUAUCUUUGAUCAUCGUCCUUGGGACAUGAGAACAAUGGAGUCCUUGUGCCGGGCUUGCAAAUAUGCGGUGAGAACCUCUGGGAAGUUCAUGGGUGUCACUAUAGGAGCAAUGCUUGAGGAGAUACAAUGCCUUUAUCAACAACACCAUCAACCAUGCUUCCUUUACCUCUCAAGUGAAGUGAUAAAGAUAUUUGGGUCUGAUCCAUCUUGUGCGAACUACCUUAAAAGUUUAAUUGAAUCUCUCUUCAGUCAUACAACACAUCUUCUGACUAAAAUUCAGGAUUUUACGGCUAGACCAGACAUAGCAGAUGACUGCUUUUUGUUGGCAUCAAGGUGUAUACGUUAUUGUCCUCAUAUAUUUGUUCCUUCCGCUAUAUUCCCUUCAUUAGUUGAUUGUUCUAUGGUUGGGAUCACAAUACAACACAGGGAGGCCUGCAAUUCCAUCUUGACAUUCUUGUCAGAUAUCUUUGAUCUUUCAAACUCCAGUCGAGGAGAACAGUACCAAUCUAUCAGGGAUAGCGUGAUUCUUCCCCGGGGUGCAACCCUUGCCAGAAUUUUGAUAGCUUCACUGACAGGGGCACUCCCAAGUUCUCGACUAGAAGCGGUAACGUACGCACUGCUAGCUCUAACCAGAGCAUAUGGAGCCAAGGCGCUUGAGUGGGCGAAAGAGAGCGUUUCAUUGCUUCCACCUACAGCUGUGACUGAGGCAGAACGUUCAAGAUUUCUCCAAGCUUUAUCAGAAGCAGCAACAGGGGCUGAUGUUAAUGCCCUAACAGCUCCUGUUGAGGAGCUUUCAGAUGUUUGCCGACGUAACCGUACAGUUCAAGAGAUUGUUCAGGGAGUUUUAAGGCCUCUAGAGUUGAACAUUUCACCUGUAUCUUAGCAGGGUAUUACCGGUAUAGCAGAAAUUUUUGGUAUUUGUCAAUCCAGUGAUAAUUAUUUGAUUGUGUAUCAUCAUCAUCAUUAGUUGUGUAUUAAUCAUCAUUUAUUACGAAGUUCGUCAUUGUAAUUUGUGAGUGAGCUGAGGGAUGGUAUGUAUUUCUUUCCUCCAUCCUACUUCCGGUGUAAUCUGCAUAUGCCCUCUUUUUCUCUGGUUAGAAAACUUGUUCUUUUUUGUUUUUUUUUUUCUUCCUUGAUUUAUGUGAUUUAUCGAACUUCAUAUAUUUAAGGUUCAAAGUAUCGGUACGUGUCUGCUUCAUUAAUUUA